CGUGCUCCGGGCCGGAGCUCGGGGUGGCUCUGGGCAAGGCCCGGAGCAGCGGCUCAGGGCCGGGCGGGCGUGAGGAGCAGCGCAGGAAUGCAGAGCCCAGAGGGCAGGACAGAGCCCAGGCCGGAGCCAGCCUUGUGGGGGGGCACACCGCAGUACGACUUUGUCUGCUUUGAGAAACGCUCCCGGCUCGGGAUUCCUGCGGAGGCAGGACACGAGGCCGCAGGGGACGGCCUGCGCUCCCCGGAGAGCUCCCUCAGCCACCCACAGCUUUAUGGCCGAUACACAGACCGGGUAACAGAUAACAUUUCAGACAAGGAAGCAGCAAAACUGCUGAAGAAACAGGCCCAAAGGAACAAUGGAAGACCCCUGAAACGUGACAGUCAAGUACAGAUCAAAGAAGAGCACUAUUCCAAAUGUCAAGACUGUGCUAAACGCAUCCAGAAAUAUAUCACCAAGAAGCUUGGAGAGGACUGGAUUUUCUUGGUUCUGCUGGGUCUGGUGAUGGCGUUGGUGAGCUGGGGAGUGGAUUAUGCCAGUGCAAAGACCGUACAGGCCUACAAGUGGACAUACGGAGCGCUGCACCCGAACAUCCCUCUGCAGUACGUGGUGUGGGUGGCCUUCCCACUCGGCCUCAUUCUGUUUGCUGCCAGCUUCUGCCACUUCGUCUCUCCGCAGGCUGUUGGGUCUGGGAUCCCAGAGCUCAAGACCAUUAUGAGGGGAGUGGUCCUCAAGGAGUAUCUCACUCUCAAAGCUUUUGUGGCCAAAGUUGUGGCCCUCACAGCUGGGCUUGGAAGUGGCAUGCCUGUGGGGAAAGAGGGUCCUUUUGUGCAUAUUGCCAGUAUCUGUGCUGUGGUACUCAGCAAGUUCAUGUCGAUCUUCUGUGGGGUGUAUGAGCAGCCCUAUUAUUACACGGAUGUCCUGACUGUGGGGUGUGCUGUGGGUGUUGGCUGCUGCUUUGGGACACCACUUGGAGGGGUUCUUUUCAGCAUUGAGGUCACCUCCACCUACUUUGCUGUGCGCAAUUAUUGGAGAGGCUUCUUUGCAGCUACCUUUAGCGCCUUCGUGUUCCGAGUCCUUGCUGUCUGGAACAAGGAUGCAGUUACCAUCACAGCCCUGUUCAGAACAAACUUCCGUAUGGAUUUCCCCUUUGAUCUGCAAGAGCUGCCAGCAUUUGCCAUAAUAGGCAUAUGUUCUGGAUUCCUUGGAGCCUUCUUUGUUUAUCUCAAUCGGCAAGUGGUCCUGGGCAUCCGACGCCAUAAAGCUCUGAGCCAGUUUCUCACCAAAUACCGACUGAUAUACCCUGCAGUUAUAACCUUCUGUAUAGCAUCUGUGACGUUUCCUCAUGGAUUUGGGCAGUUCAUGGCAGGAGAGUUGAUGCCACGGGAAGCCAUCAGCACACUCUUUGAUAAUUAUACCUGGAUCAAACACUCUGGGGACACCCAGAUCCUAGGGAAAUCUGCUGCCUGGAUCCAUCCUAAAGUCAGUGUCUUUGUCAUCAUCCUGCUCUUCUUCCUUGUGAAGUUCUGCAUGGCUGUUAUUGCCACCACGAUGCCAAUCCCCUGUGGAGGCUUCAUGCCUGUUUUCGUAUUAGGUGCUGCAUUUGGACGUCUCAUUGGGGAAAUCAUGGCAUCGCUUUUUCCCAACGGGAUCCUCUUUGAUGACAUUCUUUAUCAAAUCUUACCUGGAGGGUAUGCUGUCAUUGCAGCUUUGACAGGAGCAGUGAGCCACACUGUCUCCACCGCCGUCAUCUGCUUCGAGCUGACGGGCCAGAUCUCUCACAUCCUGCCCAUGAUGGUGGCUGUCAUUCUUGCCAACAUGGUGGCCCAGAGUUUGCAGCCCAGCCUCUAUGACAGCAUCAUCCAGGUGAAGAAGUUGCCCUACCUGCCAGACCUGGGCUGGAAUCACAUAAGCAAAUACAACAUCUUUGUUGAGGAUAUUAUGGUCCAAGAUGUGAAAUUUGUUUCCUCCAACUGUAAAUACCGAGACUUGCAAGCGGUACUCCAAAGCACCACAGUGAAAUCUUUGCCUUUGGUGGACUCCCCAGAGACCAUGAUCCUGCUGGGCUCUGUGGAGCGGUCAGAACUGCAGGCUCUCCUCCAGACACACAUCAGCCCAGAGCGGCGACGGCUCCUCAACAGAGAAAGGCAGCAGAAGCUGAACGAGGCACCCUACGAUGGGCCCUGGGCAAACCUGCCAAAGCUGAAGCACGACUCUUUUGCUUAUGUCGAUGAGGAUGAGGAUACAGAGGAGAAGGGAGAGCUGCCUCGGCCUCCAAGUCCCACUCCCAGUUACCCAGAGGAGCCAAAUGGCCCAACAAGUCCUCUUAAACAAAUGCCUGAAACCUUGGAGCCCCAGCAACACUCAGGCAGUUUCAGGAGUCUGAGGCAACUGAUCCAGCAGCUCUUGUGCCACUGCAGCCGUCCACAUGAAACAGAGAGCACCAUCCAGGAGCCAGUGGAAGUCAUUGAGACAAUGACACCAGAAGAGAUAGAUGCUUGGGAACAGGAGGAGCUGGACAAGAAUGUGUGCUUUGACAGCUGCCGCGUAGAUCCCUCCCCUUUCCAGCUGGUGGAGAGAACUUCCCUGCACAAGACGCACACGUUGUUCUCACUGCUGGGCCUCAGCCAUGCCUAUGUAACCAGCAUGGGAAAGCUGAGGGGAGUGUUGGCUUUGGAAGAGCUCCAGAAGGCAAUAGAGGGCUCCACCCGUUCUGGGGUCCGUCUCCGACCACCCCUCGCCAGUUUCCGUGACAUCAACCGGGCUUCAGCCAACGCUAAGGCGGGGCAGGGCGCUCAGGCGUGGAGCCGGGAAGACAACGGCACGGCGGCAGCACAGCAAGCAGCCGAGAGCCCGGGCACCGAGAGCCCCCUGCCCCCCUGCUCCCACUCCCCCCAGCCCUCGCACUCACAGGAAGAGGGGGAAGUCCCCAGCUCCGCUUGUGCCACGGAUACUGAGCUGGAAGAGAUGGAGCUGACAGGGCCAGUUGCUGAAAACAUCUCAGACAUCCUCAAGGACAUAAACCUACGCACCACUGACCUGGAUGAAGAUGAGGAUGAGGAUGAGGAUGUUCCUUUAUAGCUGGUGUGAGGGUAGCAGUCCAUCACACUCUUCAGUGAGCCAGUCUUCUUGUGUUUGCUCCUCCAAGAGAAGCUUUUGUAUGUUCUUUGCAAUCCCCACAGAGGAAUGAUUCAGCUGGCAGGAGGGACAUCAGACUGACCCUUUCUUCUGCUCUUUCCCUCUGUGCAGACUGUUAGGCUGCUGCACUGUUCGGGCAUGUGCAGGCGACAGAUGUGGACUGCAAGGUGCCUGAGUGCAGGCUUACAGUGCUCCGGCUUGUGCCACGGCAGAGCACACUCUAACAGGACAUGGAUACUGCUGGACACAGUCAGGAUGCUCUGGGUCAAUCUGCCAGGUGGAAGUGGAGGAUCAGUUCUCACUCACCAUGGGUGCCAUCCUUCCACUCACACCAGGCCUGCACGCAGCAGAGUAACGCAGCCUGGAAGCAUACUGCUGCUUCUGACUGCCACCCUGUACAUGUUGCUGCAGCUCCUUUUCACUGGCUCUUACCUUGCACCCCCCCAAACAUUCCCAUGUAGAACAUUUUUAUUCUUUUUCAAUUUUUACUCUGGGAUUUUCCUGGAUGGGGAUGCAGUUAGGAGCUUCUCCUCUGUCCUAUAGCUGAGCCAUGCUCUAGAAACAGAUAGGAGGAAAAUAUUUGGUAUAUGUCUCAUGCCUUGAAUUCAGCCAAGGCUUUAGAAAACACUGGAAGGGAGAAAAGCUUCUUUGUUUUCCCAUCAUCUCCAGAAUUUUAAAACAGAAUGGGAAAAUCUUAAGUGAGGGCAUCCUCAGUGCUGGGGGAAGAGGAGUAAAACAGCACAUAUGUACCUAUAUUUCAAAUAACUGUGUUUGUCUCUCUGAAUCGCUGUUCACAAUUUUCCGCAGUUACAGUCUUAAAAUAUAAGAACUCAAGAAAAAAAAAAUUAUGGAGUGUUAGCAGGCUGCCAAGAAAUACAGCAGAGGGAAGCCACAUUUUCUACACUUUGAAAACAGGCUUCUUUCUGAAAACUCCAGUUCUCUUCCCUGGUAAUUCUACCCUGCCUACUUUCCACAUAUUUCUGCAUACCUCAGAUCUGAGAAUUCCAGCUCUCACUUUUGCCAGCUUGUCUCUGUUGUGACUAACAGCAGAGACCUCAACCCUUGUCUGCAGCAUCCCUCUCGAUUCCAGUUCUAAAUCUGGAGCAGAUCUGCAUCUUGCAAAAAGACGUCUUGUCAGUUCGUGUCAUGCAUGCAAAGCCUUGGCAUCCAAAGGUAAGAUGCUGCUUUAAUUCGCCGCUCUUGUGAGGUCUUCUCAGUAAA